AUGGCGCGGUCCGCGCGCUUGGAGGGCGUCAAUGUGACGGUGGUGGACCUGCCACCGGAGGGUCAGCCUCAUGUCAAGCAGAUCGUAGAGGAGGAGUGCUGCCUUCGUGUAGAUGGCGAGCCCGUUGUUCCGAGGCUGCAGCGCAGUUCCGCGGGACCUCAGUGGCCUUUGAAGCUCGCCCUGCCCAGCCGCGGCAGUCUCAGCUCCCUGCACCUGGAACCCCAAAGCAGAAGCGAGAGCUCCGAGGCACUCCGUGUGGCAGCGGUGGGCCUGAACUUUCGGGAUGUGUUGAACGUGCUGAACCUCUACCCGGGUGACCCAGGCGACCCUGGUCUCGAUUGCAGCGGGCUGAUUUGCAAUGGCGGCAAGAACUUCCAGCUGGGGCAAUCCGUGUUUGGCAUCUCCUUCGGGUGCUUGCGGACCUACGCGGAUAUCAAGGAGCCCCGGCUUCUGGCGCCCCUGCCGAACGGGAAUGCCGACGUCCACGCCUGGUCCUUCACGCACGCGGCGGCGCUGCCCACGGUGUACACCACCGUGGAGGUGGCCCUGGGGGAGCUCGCGGACCUCAAGGCUGGACAGCGGGUAUUGGUGCACGCCGGAGCAGGCGGCGUGGGUCUCACUGCGGUUCAGUAUGCCCUGCGCCGCGGGGCAGUGGUGUAUGCAACGGCCGGCCGCGAGGAGAAGAAGCAGCACUUGCUGCAGCUGGGUGUGAAGUUCGUAGCCAGCUCCCGGGAUGGCAAGCUCUUCGAAGAGGAGCUGGGUCAGCAGCUGGCCAGCGAGGCCGCCAAGGUGGACGUGGUGCUGAACAGCCUCAGUCACGACAACUUCAUCGGGCGCUCGCUGUCAUUCCUGCAGGAGGGGCGGCGUCUUUGUGGAGAUCGGCAAGCGCAACAUCUGGUCCGCUGA